GGUCGUGUGGCAUAAGAUUGGAAAAUUUUCACCUGUAGUCUAAUAAUUUGAACGUAUUUAGGAUGUCUUCCAAAGUUGUUAUAAUCGCAAGAAAAUAUGUUUGCUUCACUUUCUACGCAUUUGAAGUUUAAUCCAGGUUCUAUGAAUGCAAUUAUGGCUGUUUGAGAAGGCAUCUCAAUAUGGUUGCCCUAUAAUGGGCAUCCAUUAGUUUGGCUGGUAUCCAGCUAUCACAUAUCCAGGUUACCAGGUUGCUUGAAACCGUACUAGUGUUGGCAAGGUUACCUGUUGAAAAGAUUUUAUGAAGACACCUGCAGAAUGCCUGGAUAUGAACCCGAGUGUGGGCCAAAAUGCCGGUCACGGAAGCAUGCACUGGAGUUCCUCUGUGCAAUUACGAAGGGUACCUUACAGGAGGUUCAGGCCUACAGUAAGAUGUGUUACUCGGCCACUCAGUUUAGUGACAGUUACGGACGCUGGCCACUUCAUGUUGCUGCAGCCUGUGGUAAAAUGGACAUUGUGGAAUGGUUGUUAAAUGAAAAACAUGGAGACCUCACAUCCAAGGACAUGGAGUCGAGCUGGACAGCGUUACAUAGGGCUGCAUUUUAUGGUCAUCUCUCCACGAUGCGACUCCUUAUUCAGUACAACAGUGACAUGUACACCAGAGAUAAUGAGGGACUAGGGCCUCUCGACCUGCUGUCUAAAGAUCGACCAGAUUAUGUUUCCUUUUCAUCGACAGAUCCAACUGAAACUUUUACAUGGGGAGAUAACUCCAACAUUACUCUCGGACAUUCUAGUGAAAACCGUCGAUCCUACCCAGAAGUUGUGGAAGUUUUCAGAAAGCAAAAUAUCACUAUAAAAAAUGUGGUCCUAUGUAAGUAUCACACCAUGUUCCUGUCAUCAGUUGGUCUGGUCUACACAUGUGGACACGGCCAGGGAGGCCGCCUCGGCCAUGGUGAUGAGGAGACUUGUGUUGUGCCAAAACUUGUAGAAGCCAUCAAGGAUGAAGUUUGUAUACAAGUAACAGCAGGGCAAGAUCACAGUGUCUUCCUGAUGCAAAGUGGUGUUGUGUACACUUGUGGAAUGAAUGAUAGCCAUCAGUUAGGACAGUUCCCCAUGCCUUCAACAGGGAAAAGUUUGAUUCCCAAGCAGGUAACCACAAAGAGUCACAAAAGUAAGAAGGUACAGAGUGUUUGUGCCGGUCGCUUCCACACAGCCAUGCUCACCUCAGAUUCUGUCUUCACUUUUGGACUUAAUGCUGGACAACUUGGUCAUUCCAAAGGCACAGAAAAGCAGAGCCAGCCCAGACAAGUGGCUGCCCUCAAUCACAGUGACAUGGUGAUAAGCCUGGCAGCAAGUUCAGAUGCUGCCAUAGUUAUUCUGACAGGCAAAGGGGACUUGUAUGUCUUACACGAGUACCAGUGUAGGAAAAUAGCAUCAAAGUUACAGGAGGUCACAAAAUUGUUGGUGUCCGGAGGAAACCUUGACCACAACACUGAUUUAGACAUCAUCCAUGAGAAAGGGGGAUCAGAGUUGAUGGUUGUUCUGCUUAGUGAAUCUGGCUCAGUGAUGAUAUGGCGCGCAUCACUGCCCAAGCUGAGACAAUGUCAGUGGUGUAUACGUCGUCAACUCAUCAUUAUGGACAUGAGUCUCAGUAGAUCUACAAUAGGGAUCAUCACGGAGAAAGGCGAGGGUUUUCUGGGGACCAUUGCCGCAGCAAAACCCAACAGUUCUAAAGAUGCCAGCCAUCAGCAUACCAAAAUUAAAGGUGAGCGAGGCCGUAGCCAUGGUGACCACCGUCCUGAUGAAUUUGGCAUGAGCCUUCUAGACCUGAUGCUGAAAGAUGGAGAUGAGGAGGUCCAAGUCCACAGAAUUCCUCACAUUCAUCGUGGCCUCACCAUACAAAGUGACAUCAAGGGACGUAACUACGCUGUACAGCAGGCACAAGUCAAUCUAUGUAUCACAGAUGUCCCUUGUGUCAGCUCCUCAACAUUUACCGAGGACUUUGCUCAACUUCUGGAGGAAGCAGAUGAAUAUGAUGUGAUACACGACAUUGUUAUACAGGCUGGCGGACACACCUGGCCAGCUCAUAAAUACAUCUUACUCAGCAGGAGUGAUUACUUCAACAAGUUAAUGGCCGAGUCCAAGAAGAAAGAUUCACUGACUGACCAUCAGGUCAUUCAGAUCCAUGACAUCCACCCUGAAAUAUUUGAGCAAUUACUGAACUUCCUGUACACGGACACCUGUAGCCUCCUUAUCCCCGGAACCAAGUUUGACCUGAGUCCAUGGACUGCCCCACUCCAGGGUCAGGGGGAUGGGUUUGAUAAGAAUGAGGUGGAGAAUAGGAACAGUCCUGACAUUUUCUUCUCCAAAUCUGAGAAGGAGUUAUCAGCAUUUGAGGUUCACCAGAAGAGGAAAAGUGCCAGUAAGGAGAUUAAAGAUCAUGGCAACAAAGCCAAAACAAAGAACCCAGUAAAAAUGUUGAUGGAUGCUGCCAGGAAGUUUGGAGUCAAAGGAUUGGGGAAGAGGCUGGAGACGGUGAAGUAUGUGAAUGGAGGAAUUGAGCUAGCCAAGAAACAUUCCACUAUACCAAAGAUGAAGUUUGACAGACACAAGCUGCGUGACCUGUAUGAUGUUGGGAUCCAAUCAGACAAAAAUACAGUGAUCCACUGUCACAAGUGUGUAUUGGUAGCCCGACUGGAGUAUUUCCACAGCAUGCUUGGUAGUGGCUGGGUUGAGACAUCCAACACAUCUCCUCUCUCUCUACCUGUUCCUGGAAACAUACUGGAGAUCCUUAUAGAUUUCCUAUACACAGACUCAUCACUAGUAGUGGAAGAGUGUGUAAAUGCAGAGUUCCUGUGUAACAUCCUGGUAUCAGCUGACCAGCUGUUGAUUACAAGACUAAAAGAGAUGUGUGAGGUGUCCAUUGCCACACUGGUUAACCUGAAGAACGUGUCAGAGAUCCUGGAGUUUGCCUUUGUGUACAAUGCUCAGCAGCUACAGUCUGCAUGUCAGGAAUUCAUCGUCAUCAACCUGGCAGCCAUGUUUGAGGGCAGACACCUUGAUGUUCUCAGUGAUGAUGUAUUGGCGCAUCUCACCACCUACUACCAUAACAAGACCAAGGCUAUGUCCCGGCGAAUCGUUACACCAUACUUUGAUGGCCCUAGUAAGGAUUUCCUGGAAACCCUGGCAGCAGAAAUGGACAGGGAAGGCCCUAUACUGACUAGCGAGGGCAGUCAAAAGAAAAACAAGUCAAAAAAGAGAAGAAGCCGUCAGAAAAGCUUAAGUGAAGAUUUGGAAAAGUCAGCACAGAUCAGAUCACAAAAACGUGACCGACAGAUAUCAGUGAGCUCAGAUCAUAGUGUAAAGUCAGAGGAAGAAAGCUUAGAUAACAUCCUCAACUUACUGGCCACCAGUCCUGGUAGUACUGAACCACUACAGAGUCCAGUAGUCGAAAACCUUUCUGAAAAACAGGUGAAUGAAAUGAAAUUACCAAAUGAUGAUGUACCAAAACGGAAGAAUAAAUCCAAAUUCAAGAGUACCCAGAAACCAUUAACGAUCAGUCUGACCUCAAGGUCACAUGAUCCCUCACCUGUGACCUCAACAACCUCUAUGACUUCCCCUACGACAGAACAUCCAGUGUCAGUUGCCUGGCAGAAAUCUCCAACACCACAGAAAUCUCCUGUUCCACAGAAAUUCAGCAGCCCCACUAUCCAGUCUGCUUCAACAGUGGAUGUCUCAAUCCCCAGGGUCCCCAGUUCAGCAUUCAGUUUACGCGAAAUAAUGGAGGAAGAAAAUAAGAGGAUUAAAAGUCCAAUGAAGAGCAGUUCCAAGUUUUCCUGGAAGGAAGCCAAGAAACAGCAGAAAGCUGUAGCAGUUGGUCCUAGUAGUCAGUCAAUAAAGGGAGAUCACCCAACAGAGCUCACAACCUCACCAACACCCAACAAACCAACAUGUCCAUGGGGUGAUGUAAACACUACGGUAAAAUCCUUCAGAGAUUUAAUGUCUGAGGACAGUUGUAAUGCAGUUAAAAAGUCCUCAGCACCAAAGCAGACCAUCCACACAACCCAUGCAGUGCACAAAGGAUCAAAACAAAAACCCACGGUCAGUUGGGGAAUACCAACAAGUCGUGUCCGAGAUGAGGGUUCGCUGAGUGAGCCUACAGAGGAAGAGCCUCCGAGUCCCAGGAGCCAGGAAAACCCCUGGACUAAAAAGGUCAUUGCCAGCCCCUCCCCCAAAGAUUCUGUGAGUUUCACAGACAUAGUCAAGGAUGAGCAACAGAGAACUGAGACCCUGGCUAAGGCAGCAAAGAAGCCCCUCAGCUUAAUCCAGAUGGAGGAACAAGCCAUACAGGAACUGUUAGUUUACUACAAAGCUGCUGACAUCUUAGAUGAACAGAUUACAGUUGAAAGGGUUGUGCAGGAGAUGGCAACACCUUUGUGGAAAAAGUCAUAACAGCAAUUAUCUUAAAUGUUUCAUACUGCUUAUCAGUGAUAUAAAAACUAUCAUAAGAUAACCUUUAGCUAUGUGACUAAACACAGGAACAGUUGAACUGGAUAGACACUUCAGUCAUGUUAAAUGUACUGGUUAAAGACAUAAAUAAAUACAUGUGUAUAAUUACACCAAUAUAUUGGAAAGGGUAUAUAGUUCCUGAGAGAGUUAAACUGGUGUAGGAAUACAUUGGGAUAUUGGGUUCAUUGUGACAUAAAGGAUCACAUAUAUUAAUUGAUCCAUUCACAUCGUGACAGCUUUGUGUAAUUAUAAGCCUUUGAAUUAAUCCUGAUCUUAAAAAAUAUUGUGCAGAGAAAAUUAUUCCAAUAUGUUUUACAUGCCUAUGCUUGUAUUUAAACCCUGUGUUCCCAUGUAUGUAGUAGGUACAGCAACAACUCACUCCAUCCUUUGAGAUCUGGUGCUUAAUGGGGGUUUAUUUGUCUGAUGAAAUGUAAUACAUCAAUUAACUCGAUUCCUGUUAAUUUGUAAUACUUAUCUGUAGUUUGAUUGGGUUUUAGAUUAUAUAAUUACUAGCUUUUAUUUGUUGAUGUGUUUUAGCAUCAUAUGUGUGAGGAUUCCUGUUCAUGAUGGUGUGUUGGUGUGAAUGGAUCCUUUUAGGAGAUGUGUGUUGGUGUAAAUGGAUCUGUUUUUGAUGGUGUGUGUUGGUGUAAAUGGAUCUGUUUUUGAUGGUGUGUGUUGGUGUAAAUGGAUCUCUGUUUUUGAUGGUGUGUUGGUGUAAAUGGAUCUGUUUUUGAUGGUGUGUGUUGGUGUAAAUGGAUCUCUAGUGUAAAUCGAUCUGUUUUUGAUGGUUUGUUGGUGUAAAUGGAUCUCUGUUUUUGAUGGUGUGUUGGUGUAAAUGGAUCUCUGUUUUUGAUGGUGUGUGUCUGUGUCAUGUGUGUAUGAUGUUACCGGCUUUUAGAGUUGGGGAUUUGUGAAGGGUAGGUAUAACAUGGAAGCCUAUACAAUGUAUCUGUAGAGAAAGUGCUAUGUAUAUAAGCUAUACCUGCAGGUGUUCAAUGCUGACCUAGUGCUAUUGUAAAAAAAGUUGUACAAACUAUUUAAAAAUAAUGUCAUAACACUCAUCUAAGUGGGUUCUGAUACAUUGUGAAAUGUGAAAUGUUGUUUAACAUGUUUGUUUGUUUUUUUUGUUGAUAUUAUUUUACACAAUAUUUACUGAUUGAAAAUGAUGAUUCAGACUUAUUUAUUAUACAUUUUCUUUGUUUGUAUUGUUGUUUAUGUUAGUGAUUACCUCCCUUGUUUUGGAUCAUCGUCUCUUUGCGCAUUCAAUGGUGCUGUUGAAGACACAUUUUAUAUGACAGGGUGAUUAAAUGUGGUGUUCGGACAGCUGAAGCUAGCCAUCCGUUGGGUUCACUUACAGAACUUUAGAAUUUAUAUGUUCCUAGUUUAACCACAUAUAAAGAUUUAAUAAGCUUAAUUUGUCUGUAUAAAAUACAUGAAGGGAUGAAACUCUUUAAUACUUGUGAUAAUAAGGGCUUGUUCAUUUAUGCGGACAAACCGGUUCAUCAGUUUUUGAAUGCAAUAUUUCAAACAUAUAUCUUAACGAACCUGUAAAUGUUAAUAUAGGCAAUAUAAGUCUUUGUCAGGGCUCGUCUGAAAACAAUAUAAAAUCACCAGGUUCAUGUUCAUUUCAUAAACGAGCAACACGUGUCCAGCUGGUCCAACCGCAAAAAAACCCCGAAAACGGCCCAUGUUAAAUUGAUUGUUUCUUUUUAGUUAUAUACAUACAGUCAGAUAAAGAAAUGAAAGGUGUGCACCAUUGUCACCUCAUGUUUAACACUCUAGUCUUACCAAAACAGAUUAACCAUCAAAGUCUGAUAGCAGCCAUUACUGUAUAUAAAUGUUGUCGUGCUACAAUAACUGUUUAAUGCCGUCACCUAUGAAUAUUCCUAUAAAUAGUAACAGUAAAUGUUGAGCUAUGAAUAUUCCUUUGUAUCAACAGUAAAUGUCAAGCUAAGAUGAAAUAUAGGCAGGUGGUAAUGAAUGUUGAAAGACUAGGAUAAAAUGCAAUUCAUUAUUAGUCCUAUACAAUGAAACCGGCAGGGAAUAUAGGUUUUCUCCCCGUCCAUCAGUCUGUCCAUCUCUGUCCAUCUGUCGGUCAGUCCACUCAGUUUGCAUUUUUCUCAUCCAUGCUUAAAGGCAUGUUGGUGAAAGUUGGUAUGUAUCUUCAGGACGAGUAGCUACAGAUGAAGUUACUGUCGCUGUUACUAUUUUUAGCGGGGGUCGUUAGGGGACAUCACUGUUACUAUUUUUAGCGGGGGUCGUUAGGGGACAUCACUGUUACUAUUUUUAGCGGGGGUCAGUAGGGGGACAUCACUGUUACUAUUUUUAGCCAGGGUCGGUAGGGGGACAUCACUGUUACUAUUUUUAGCAGGAGUCGGUACAUGUAGGCAAUACCCAGUGUGCUUGUUACAAUUUAAGAUCCAUGUUUACAAUUUGUCAUCAAGGUUAGGAUUAUUAAUACAUUUUAAAAGUUUGAAUUAAAUAUUUGUUCCAUAUUUACUGUUGCUUUGUAUUAAACGAGACAUCCAGUUGACCCUUGAUUUUUAGCAAUAUUAGAAGUCAAAUCACUAUUUCUGAGAUCUGAAGGUCCAAACCAAAAGUCAGAUAGAAAUGUUGAUUUUGGGAAAUAAAGAACACUCUAGGCUCUACUCAGUGCCCUCUUAAGAAAAACUUUUAUAAGUAAAGUGCUGGCUGUAGCAGGCCCAGUGGUGAUUCCAUUGUCCAACUCUACUUUGUUGAUCUACCCGAGGACAGGCCUACUACAAUGUGGCUGUUUACUUUUAUGAAGCUGUUUGUGUUAUGGUUUUGUCCUUUGUUAUUCAGUCCUUCUGGUGUGAUGUCUCUUAAUAUGUUGUUAGUACUUUUAUAUCUAAUGCUGAACUGAGAAAGAAAUACAUUGAAUUCCAUGUAAUAACAUCCCUGUAUAAAUUAACCUCCAUGCUCUCUCUAUAGUGUAAUUCACCACCACCAGCUCUCACUUGGUCACCCUCCUACAGAAUCAUUAUAGGAUUGUUUUACACUGUAAUUAAUUACUCUUCAAUGAUUGUUAAAUAUUUUCCUUUAAUAGUAUUAUUUUUUCAUUGUCUUUUAUGUAUAUGUCAUGGAAAAACUCUUGCAGGUGAAAACUGUUUCUAAUAAAACAUAAUUGAUUACUUUGCUGUUGAAGAAGUAAUGAAUUGUGUAAGUUAUGAACAUUUGUUGAAGCAUUAUAUUCUUCCCCUCAAGUAUACAAUGUAUACAGUCCUGUGAUUUACUGAUUAAAAUAUGAUUAAACACCAUA